GAAGGGGGAGCCCGCCCUCCCCUCCGGCCCUGGGCUGCUUUCAGACACUUUGCUCUCUCCCCGUGUCCUCCCUGCCCCUGCAGAUGGCUGACACCUCAGGACUCCUGCGGCGAGGUGCCUCCCAGGUGUCAGCAACCUGGCUGCCGCCCAGCCCCCCGCCGGCCAUGCCCACGGAGCCCUCGGGGCUGCAGAUGGACCACGUGGGGAACAGCUCGCAGGCCGCCCCCCAGCUGUUCCUCACCAGUGCGCUGGCCCGCGGCAUCUCCGGCGUUUUCGUGUGGACAGCCCUGGUGCUCACCUGCCACCAGAUCUACCUGCACCUGCGUGCCUACACGGUGCCCAGCGAGCAGCGGUACGUCAUCCGCCUGCUGCUCGUGGUGCCCGUCUACUCCUUCGACUCCUGGCUCAGCCUCCUGCUCCUGGGGAGCCAGCAGCACUACGUCUACCUGGACUCCCUGCGGGACUGCUACGAAGCCUUCGUCAUUUACAGCUUCCUGAGCCUGUGCUUCCAGUACCUGGGCGGGGAGAGCGCCAUCAUGGCUGAGAUUCGGGGAAAGCCCAUCCACACGGACGGCAGGGUGGGGGCCGGCACGCUGGCCGCCGGCUACCAGAACUUCAUCAUCUGCGUGGAGAUGCUCUUCGCCUCCAUCGCCCUGCGCUACGCCUUCACCUGCCAGGUGUACGCGGAGAAGAAGGACAGCUCGCCAGGUAGGCGCCCUGCCAGCGGGGGAGAUGGGCCCAGGGAGACCCAGACGCAGGACAUGGUGCGCGACGCCAUUCACAACUUCUCGCCCGCCUACCAGCACUACACGCAGCAGGCCACUCAGGAGGCCCCGGGGCCCCGCGCCCUCCCCGCGGUGGGCGGGGACCGGAGGAGCCGCAGCCUGGAGAAGAGGAUGCUGAUCCCCUUGGAGGAGCCGUAGGGCCGGGUGGUCUGGCCGCUGGGAAAGGGCAGGGCUCCUCGCCCCCGACCCUCCGCCAAAGGCCAAAGGUCCGCCCCUCCCAGAGCCUCCUGCCCGGCCCCUGGCAGAGGGCGCCUGUGCGUGUCCAGGAGCCCAGGGACCUGCCGGUGCAGCUGGCCAUGCCCUCGGGCCGCGUGGCCGCCCUGACAGCGGGUCCCAGGCUGGGCGGCUGCAGGCACAGCAUCAGCUCAGGCCGUGGGCGGGUCCCGGCUGGGCCUGGCUCUGGUCCUCUUGGGCGCUGCUGCACAUCCCUCAGCCACGGAGCCCUGGCCAGCCCUCACCCCGGAGGGGCUCCCCGUGGGGGCCUGGGGUGCCGGGGCCACCAGCCGGGUUAUUUAUACAUAAACCCCUGGGUUUGCUAUGA